CACGCCGCACUCGGGCUCCCUGCGCCGCCGCCGCUCACCUUCGCGCCCGCCCAGCGCCACCAUGAACUCGCUCUUCAAGAAGAGAAACAAAGGCAAAUACAGCCCUAAGGUGCAGACCCGGAGCAUCUCCAACAAGGAGCUCUCGGAGCUGAUCGAGCAGCUGCAGAAGAAUGCUGACCAGGUGGAGAAGAACAUCGUGGACACUGAGGCCAAGAUGCAGAGUGAUCUGGCCCAGCUGCAGGAGGGUCGGCAGCCCGAGUACCAGGACGUGGCCCUGCAGAAGGUGUCAGACUCAGAAAAGCUGCUAUAUGUGCUGGAGGCGGAUGCAGCCAUCGCCAAGCACAUGAGGCAUCCCCAAGGGGACAUGAUCGCUGAGGACAUCCGCCAGCUGAAGGAGCGCGUGACUAACCUCUGCAGGAAACACAAGCAGAUCUACACCCUGGCUGUGAAGGAGGUGGACCCACAGGUCAACUGGGCAGCACUGGUGGAGGAGAAGCUGGACAAGCUCAGCAGCCAGAGCUUUGAGACAGAGCUGCCACUGGUGGACCAGCAAGUGGAGCAGCACAACAUCUUCCACAAUGAGGUCAAGGCCAUCGGGCCCCACCUGGCCAAGGACGGGGACAAGGAGCAGAACAGCGAACUACAGGCCAAGUACCAGAAACUGCUGGCGGCAUCGCAGGCACGGCAGCAGCACCUGAAUUCGCUGCAGGAUUACAUGCAGCGCUGCACCAAUGAGCUGUACUGGCUGGACCAGCAGGCCAGGGGCCGCAUGCAAUACGACUGGAGCGACCGCAACCUCGACUACCCCAGCCGUCGUCGCCAGUACGAGAAUUUCAUCAACCGGAACCUAGAGGCCAAAGAGGAGAGAAUCAACAAGCUGCACAGUGAGGGUGACCAGCUCCUAGUGGCUGAGCACCCCGGGAGGAACUCCAUUGAGGCGCACAUGGAAGCUGUGCAUGCAGAUUGGAAGGAGUACCUGAACCUGCUCAUCUGCGAGGAGAGCCACCUGAAGUACAUGGAGGACUACCACCAGUUCCAUAAAGACGUGAAGGAUGCUCAGGAGCUGCUGCGCAAAGUGGACUCCGACCUAGAUCAGAAAUACAGCCCCGACUUCAAGGACCGAUACCAGAUCGAGCUGCUGCUGCGGGAGCUGGACGACCAGGAGAAGGCUCUGGACAAGUACGAGGACGUGGUGCGGGGGCUGCAGAAGCGAGGGCAGCAGGUGGUGCCCCUCAAGUACCGCCGGGAGACGCCGCUCAAGCCCAUCCCCGUGGAGGCGCUCUGUGACUAUGAGUGUGAUGAGGGCCUGAUCUCUCGGGGCUACAGCUACACUCUGCAGAAGAACAAUGGGGAGAGCUGGGAGCUCCUGGACGGUGCCGGGAACAAGAUCACGGCUCCAGCUGUCUGCUUCAUGAUCCCCCCCACCGACCCUGAGACCCUGGCUCUGGCUGACAGCCUGGGCAGCCAGUACCGGAGUGUGCGGCACAAGGCGGCUGGGAGCAAGCGCGCGCUCCAGCAGCGGCACGAGGUCCUGAAGGCGGAGAACCCUGGAGCAGAUGCCUCUGACCUGCAGGGGCGGCAGCUGCUGGCUGGCUUGGACAAGGUGGCCAGCGACCUAGACCGGCAGGAGAAGGCCAUCACAGGGAUCCUGCGGCCACCGCUGGAGCAGGGCCGGGCUGUGCAGGACAGUGCCGAGAGGGCCAAGGACCUCAAGAACGUCACCAACGAGCUGCUGCAGAUUGAGCCCGAGAAGGCGCAGAGCAUGGCCGAGUGCGAGGCCUUUGUCCAGGCCUUCCCGGGCAGUGGCACUGCCCCCUUGCUGAGGACCCGGCUGAAGGACACCAACCACAAAUAUGAGCACCUGGUGCAGCUGCUGGACUCGGCCCAGGAGAAGGUGGGUGUGGCCAACCACCUGGAGAAGAGCCUGCAGCAGGGCCGGGAGCUGCUGGCCAUGCACGAGAACCAGCUGGCCCAGGAUAACACAGUGCCUGAGAGCGGCCACGCCCUGGACAGCAAGAGGCAGGAGCUGGCGGCCAUGGCCUCUGAGCUGCAGGCCCAGAAGUCCCUCCUGGGUGAGGUGGAGAGGAACCUGCAGGCAGUCAAGCAGUGCUCGAGCACGCUGGCCAGCCGCUUCCAGGAGCACUGCCCCGACCUGGAGCGCCAGGAGGCCGAGGUGCACAAGCUGGGCCAGCGCUUCGACAACCUGCGCCAGCAGGUGGACCACAGGGCCCAGAGCCUGCAGAGUGCCAGGGCUGCCUACGACACUUACUGCAGCGGCCGUGACCGAGUGCUCCAUUUCCUGUCCAGCAUCCCCAGCUACGAGCCCCGGGAGACAGACAGCCUCAGCCAGAUGGAGACCAAGCUGAACAAUCAGAAGAAUCUGCUAGAUGAGAUAUCAAGUAAAGAACAGGAAGUACACAAGGUCUGUACCAACUCCCAGCAGUACCAGCAGGCUGUAAAGGACUACGAGUUAGAAGCAGAGAAACUACGGUCACUUCUUGACUUGGAGAAUGGAAGGAACGUGAGCAAGAGGGCCAGACUCCAGUCUCCUGCCACCAGAGUGAAGGAGGAGGAAGCGGCUCUGGCUGCAAAGUUCACUGAAGUUAAUGCCAUCAACAGACAGAGGCUGCAGAAUCUGGAGUUUGCUCUGAAUCUCCUGAGACAGCAGCCGGAGGCAGAAAUGACCCAUGAGACACUGCAAGGGAGCAAGCCGGGGUCCAGGGUGGAAGAGACAUGGAAGAUUCAGAAGGAGCUGGAUGAGGAGAGCGAGCGGAGGCAGCAGCUGGAGAAUGAGGUCAAGAGCGCCCAGGAGGAAAUCUGGACACUGCAGAACCAGAGGCCUCAGGAGUCGGUGGUGAGGAAGGAGGUGCUGAAGAAGGUACCAGAUCCUGUGCUGGACGAGAGCUUCCAGCGGCUGCAGCAGACCCUGGCGGAGGAGCAGCAUAAGAACCAGCUGCUGCAGGAGGAGCUGGAGGCACUGCAGCUUCGGCUGCGUGCCCUGGAGCAGGAGACCAGGGAUGGGGGGCAGGAGUAUGUGGUCAAGGAGGUCCUGCGCAUUGAGCCUGACAGAGCCCAGGCGGACGAGGUCCUGCAGCUCCGGGAGGAGCUGGAGGUGCUGAGGCGGCAGAAGAGCGCCCGGGAGGCAGAGGUGCUCCUGCUGCAGCAGCGUGUGGCUACUCUAGCUGAGGAGAAGAGCCGGGUGCAGGAGAAGGUCACCGAGAAGGAGGUGGUGAAGCUGCAGAAUGACCCUGAGCUGGAGGCGGAGCACCGGCAGCUGCAGGAGGAGCACCAGCGGGAGGGCGCGCUCAGGGAAAAGCAAGAGGAGGAGCUGCACUUCCUCCAGGACAAGCUCAAGAGGCUGGAGAAGGAGCGGGCCAUGGCAGAGGGCAAGAUCACCGUCAAGGAGGUGCUCAAGGUGGAAAAGGACAUGGCCACCGAGAGGGAGGUCAGCAACCUCACCUGCCAGUACGAGGAUGAAGCCGCCAAGUUUCGUGCCAGCCAGAGGGAGAAGACCGAGCUGCUCCGAAAGAUAUGGGCCUUGGAGGAAGAAAAUGCCAAAGUGGUGGUGCAGGAGAAAGUGCGGGAGAUCGUGCGGCCAGACCCCAAGGCAGAGAGCGAGGUGGCCAACCUCCGCCUGGAGCUUGUGGAGCAGGAGCGGAAAUACAGGGGAGCCGAGGAGCAGCUUAAGAGCUACCAGAGCGAGCUGGAGGCCCUCAGGAGGCGGGGCCCCCAGGUCGAAGUCAAAGAAGUGACCAAGGAAGUCAUUAAGUACAAGACCGACCCUGAGAUGGAGAAAGAGCUUCAACGGCUCCGGGAGGAGAUCUUCGACAAGACCAGACUGAUCGAAAGGUGUGAUUUAGAGAUCUACCAGCUGAAGCAGGAAAUCCAGUCCCUGAAAGACACCAAGCCUCAGGUCCAGACCAAAGAGGUGGUCCAGGAGAUCCUCCAAUUCCAGGAAGACCCCCAAACCAAACAGGAAGUGGAGUCUCUGAGGGCAAAGCUGUCAGAAGAACAGAAGAAGCAAGUGGAUCUGGAAAGGGAGAGGGCUGCCCAGGAAGAGAAGAUCCAGCAGAAGGAGGAGGAGCUCUCGCAGGUGAAGGAAAGAGUGGUGCAGCAGGAGGUGGUCAGGUACGAGGAGGAGCCGGGCCUGCAGGCCGAGGUGAGCGCCUUCACAGAGAGCAUCGACAUGGAGCUGCAGCACAUCGACAAGCUGCGUGCUGAGCUGCGGCGCCUGCAGCGCCGGCGUGGGGAGCUGGAGCGGCAGCUGGAGGAGCUGGAGCGUGAGCGGCAGGCACGCAGGGAGGCUGAGCGCGAGGUGCAACGCCUGCGGCAGCAGCUGGCCACACUGGAGCAGGAGGAGGCUAAGGCCCAUGAGAAGGUGACCCGCAAGCAGAAGGUGGUCCUGCAGCAGGACCCCCAGCAGGCCAGGGAGCACACCCUGCUCAAGCUGCAGCUGGAGGAAGAGCAACACCGGCGGCAGCUGCUGGAAGGUGAGCUCGAGACCCUGAGAAGGAAGCUGGCCACCCUGGAGAAGGCUGAGGUCAAGGAGAAGGUGGUCUUCUCUGAGAGCAUCCAGGUGGAGAAAGGCGACACUGAGCAAGAGAUCCAGAAGCUCAAGAAGAGCCUGGAGGAGGAGAGCCGAAGGAAGAGGGAGCUGGAUGCCGAGAUCAGUCAGCUGGAAGCCAAGUUAUCCGAGCUGGAAUUCCAUAACUCCAAGUCAUCCAAGGAACUGGACUUCUUGAGGGAAGAAAACCACAAAUUACAGCUGGAGCGACAAAACCUGCAGCUCGAGACCCGAAGGCUCCAAUCGGAAAUUGAAAUGGUAGCAACAGAAACAAGAGACUUGAGGAACACGAUGGCAGUGGAUGCAGGGUCCAACCUUGACUCCAGACUGUCAUCCCUGGAGAGAGAGCUGGAUGACCUCAAGAGGCUCUCCAAGGACAAAGAUCUUGAGAUUGAUGAGCUGCAGAAGCGCCUGGGCUCCGUGGCCAUCAAGAGGGAACAGAGGGAGAACCAUCUGCGACGCUCCAUUGUGGUCAUUGACCCCGACACAGGCCGCGAGCUGUCCCCCGAGGAAGCCCACCGGGUUGGACUCAUCGACUGGAACAUGUUUGUGAAACUCAGAAGCCAGGAGUGUGAUUGGGAGGAGAUAUCCAUGAAGGGUCCCAAUGGGGAGUCUUCAGUGAUACAUGACAGGAAGUCUGGCAAGAAGUUCUCCAUUGAGGAGGCCCUGCAGAAUGGCAGGCUGACCCCUGCUCAGUAUGACCGCUACGUAAACAAGGAUAUGUCCAUUCAGGAGCUAGCAGUCUUGGUGUCAGGACGCAAGUAGGCACAGCCCUCUAUCAGUCUCUUCUGGGAGGCAGGUGGCUGGCCCUGGUGCAGGCUCUAAUCUGUGCCGAGCCAAGCAUCUGAUCCACACCCUCGCUGUUAGGCUGCUUAGAGUGCAAUUCACAUAUGAGUGGACAGGCACUGGCUGCAGACAGGCAACUAUCAUCUGGACUGUCAUUUGGCCUGGGGGAAGGACCCGCUUCAUCCUCUCAUCUGACAACCCCAAUGCCCCUCUCUUUUCUCCCUUUUCCAAUACACUCCCAUCAACAGAUUCCCGUGUGAUAACCUGAAAACAAUCGGAAAACUACUAAAGCAUGAGAUGACCAAGGUGGACAAGCCUCCCAGUGCAGAAUGGGCCUGAGCAUACCAGACGGUGGACUCCAGGCCGGAAGGGCCACCCUUCUGCCACCUUGUCAUUCAUUCAUCAAAGGCCUGCCCACCGGGGCUGCUGCCCCACAUUGACACCCCAUCUACAUUUCUAGUUGAGAACCGACUCUCCAUCAGAGAGGCCUCCUCAGUAGCUACUCUGCUCAUGAGACAGAUUUGGGCUCUGUGCCAGAAAAGACACACAGAAACCAGAAGUGUCUGGCCCUGGUGCUAGAGUGGAUGCAAAUUGUCAACCAGAUUAUCCCCGGAAAACACACCAUCAGAGAAUGUUUCAUGGUUAUGAAAUUAAAAUACUUCGAUAGUGGAUUGUGUUGCUGUUAGCCUUAGUUUCAGUGCCUUACAGGUCUUGCUUAUUCUCUCAUUGGUAUUUAGGUAUACAAAAGUUGAUUAUUCACUAAAUGAAUUUCUGAUUCUCUGUAUCUCACGUAUUAUGUAAGAAAAUGGGAAGGGAUAGGGAACUUUACAGCAUGAAAAUAAAAACCUGGUGGCUUGAUUCUAA